UCUCGUCCUCUCUCACUAACACUCACAUUCACUCUUGCUGUCUCUGUCUCACACACACUGGAGCUGUGGAGCGCUGCACUACACUUCAGAGAAGAUCUCAGUGGUAAACCGUUGUGUGAUGGAGCUCAUGACAUUCGUUAUUCCUUUGCUAAUCUUCCUUGCUGAGAAGGGAGUCACAACCCCUGUAACCUCUGACCCUGAUGUGACCCCAACAAUCCAAAUGGACCCGUGUGAAGGACAACCGUGUCUAAAUGCAGGAGUGUGUGAACCUGCAGAGGGAGAAGAGCUGAAGUACAUCUGCACAUGCAGCACGCAGUUCACCGGACACAACUGCCAGUUCUUUGCCGACCCCUGUGCCAGUGACCCCUGUCUCCAUGGUAACUGUACACGUGAAGGUGCAGAGUUUGUGUGCGUGUGCAAUGAUGGGUAUGCAGGAGUCAGGUGUGAGCAGCCACCUUCAACCUUUGACCUUGUUGAGUCCAGCUGGGACCUGGCAGCCACUCCAGCUACGACUACUCAACCGUCUCAGCCAAUCACAGAGCUCAGUGACACUGAGGCACCACCCACUUUGCAACCAUGGCAACCAAAGCCUGGACAGAAAGUGAUUGAGGUACAAUGGGAGGAGCUACAGAUCACUGAUGGAUCAGAGUGUGUGAGCAUCGCAGGCACUGAGCCAGCUGGAAUGAUGACGGUUUCCAUGGAGAUUGCAGAGGGAACUGCAGUAAAGUUGGUACUGAACAUUAGUGGAGCUGCAGCAUUGUGGCGGGUCGGAGCUCUUGGUUUCGACCGCUGUUCUGUAUCUGAUGGCAUGGUCGUUUGGUUCCAGCAGGACCCCAACGGCCUUGUAAUCUCCGAUCAGUUACUACCCCUCGGACACAACUACUUCAUCACUGUGCUGCGCAUUGGAGUCCCUUCUGGUCUGGAAGUCACUCUUAGAUUACAGUUCACUGUAAAGUCUACUAGCUGCAUGGAGCCAGGUAGCAACUUUAGUGACCCUCAAUGCACUGGGAGAGGGAAGUGCAUCACGCAGUCUUCUGUGAGCACAUUUUAUUGCCUGUGCGAUGUUGGAUACUCUGGAAUCUUCUGUGAGGAAUUUGAUGCAUGCAACGCAAACCCGUGUGAAAACAAUGGGACCUGCAGUGACAUCACACAGAGACAUGUGGGGCAUGACUUCACAUGCACCUGUCUGCCAGGGUUUGAAGGCCAAAACUGUCAGUCUCGGGUAAAUCACUGUGCCUCAGAACCCUGCAAAAAUGGAGCAACAUGCACAAACACACUGAACGGCCCACAGUGCACCUGCGUAGAAGGUUAUAAAGGAAAUAUCUGUGAAGUAAGAGUCGACCCAUGUGCUUCUGGUCCAUGCCACAAUAAUGGCACAUGUUAUCUGCAGGCCAGUGGACAGGGCUUCAGCUGUACCUGUCCUCCUGGUUUCACCGGACAUACCUGCACUCAGCUGGUCGAUUUCUGCUCACUCAACCCUUGUGCACAUGGAGUAUGUCGCAAUGUCGGUACGAGCUAUAGGUGCCUGUGUGUGCCAGGUUAUCAUGGGUUGUACUGUGAGGAAGAGUAUAACGAGUGUCUCUCAGCUCCGUGUCUAAAUUUUGCCACCUGUCGGGAUCUGAUUAACGCUUAUGAAUGUCUAUGUAUGCCGCAGUACACAGGGAGACACUGUGAGAUUUAUCAAGAUCCAUGUGCCAAACUGCAGUGUCAAAAUGGAGGACAGUGUGAAAGAAGGCAGAGCAAUGCAACCUGUGCGUGUGCACCUGGAUACACAGGUGAGAACUGUGAGACUGACAUUAAUGAGUGUGAGAGCAACCCAUGUCAUCAUGGUGGCACCUGCAUUGACCAGGCAGAUGGCUUCCUCUGUCACUGCCCACCUGGCUGGGUGGGCGGGGCCUGUGAAAUCCAUCUACAGUGGAAGGCAUCUCGUACAGUCGAUUCUCUCCCUAGCGUUCCACGUCACUCUCUCUACAUCAUCAUCGGUGCGCUGUGUGUAGCUUUCGUCCUCAUGCUAAUCAUCCUUAUUGUUGGAAUCUGCCGCAUCAGCCGUAUCGAGUAUCAGGCAUCAUCUCGUCAUGCCUAUCAGGAGUUUUAUAACUGCCGCAGCAUUGACAGUGACUUCAGCAACGCCAUCGCCUCAAUACGUCAUGCCCGGUUUGGAAAGAAAUCUCGUCCAGCCAUGUACGAUGCAACACCCAUCAACUAUGAAGACUUCAGUCCAGAUGAUAAACCGCUGGUCACACUCAUCAAAACUAAAGAUCUGUAAAGCACACGCACACACACACACACACACACACACACACACACACACACACACACACACACACACACACACACACACACACACACACACACACACACACACACACACACACACACACACAAACAGCCUUUCUAAUUAGCCGAUGCCAACUAUUAAAUAUAAAUUCACCUUAAUAAAGGUCUUAUAAAGAAGAAAAAAUAUAUAAAAGCUAAUAUUUAAAUGAACUUUGAUAUGGAAUAGAUCUAUUUUACCACUGAUAUGCAUAAUCAGCUAAAAUUUGUGUUUUAUAGAUGUAUUUAUGAGUAAAAGCCUUUGUGUAAUUGCAGAAAGAAGAAAUACAAAGAGCAUAAAUGUUUGCACACUUAGAUGUAGUCUCCUUCAGUAAAGCUCUGGUAUUGUAGGCUGUAAUUUUGGCUUUGUUCCAAACACAGUUAGUGUUCUUACUAGAACAUUUAAGGCUCUGUCCAAAAGCUAUAGUAUGUUCUACUGAAAGUUCAUACACGUGUGAGUGUGGGAGUGUUUGCAUUACCUAAAGUACAAUGCACUGUCAUGUCUAACACUGAGAACGAGCUGCUAGCAAUGAGUCAUUUUUACACAUGUAACACUGUGUUUUAGAGUAUAUGAAAAUAUACUGAUGAAACUAUAUGCUAUAUGAAAUAAAACAUAAAGUUAGAUAAUGUAUCUGUCUGUAACAUAUAGGUAUAGAUCAUAUGUGUUUAAAGUCCAUGUCAGGCUGUAGCGAGAGUGCCCAUUUAUGUACAGCAUAUGAUAGCACAAAGUUAUGCCAGUGUAGUGAGCGUGCUGGUCCACCUGGAUAUCAUCCUUACAUAAGGACCCUUAAUUUAAUUGAGGUUAUAGUGGUGUGCUAGUUAGCUAUGUAGGUGUGUUGUUAAUUUCACGUUGUACACUGCUUCUUGAUGUAACGCUUUUGUUUAACAGUUUAUUUUCCAGCGUUCUGGGAGCUACUACUAACUUCUAAGCUAGCUAGUUGUUUAGCUAUUUAGAAUUAUUAUAACAUUAAAAUUAAAUAUUCAAUAUUUUCUAAAUAUUAGCUAGCAAGCUAUUUAGGUUUAGAUAACAAACACCAUUGACAGUAAACAGUCCCUCAACUCUAGCUAACUUUACUGCAGUAGAAUACAAACUAGUUUCCCUUAUCGAACCGUUACCUAUUUUUUAGUCUUUGACAUCAGACCAGGUACAAGGGCUUGCUGUACUCUGAGUCCUCUGUGUGAUGCAGUACACUAGUCAUUUUAGGGUUACUUCUAAUAAGAACACUUCUAGAACACUUUUGGGACAAAGCUUUUGUGCAAGUGUAAACGAAGCUCUAGGCUGCCUUAAACACUGCAUGGCUAGACUCGGCAGUUUCAAGGUAAAUUUAUUUGUAAGAUGUUGAAUGUUUAGCUAGUGCUCUCUUUGCUGGAGUCUUGUGCAUUCAUCCUGGUGGUAGCAGAGUGUCAAGUGCAACUGUAUCGUAAAUAACUGCUUUUCAGCACUAACAUUCACUCGCUUUGUUUUACUGAAUGUAUGCCAUACAACAACUGUUUGUAGCUAUGAUUUAGCUAUUGUGUCCAAAACAAUACCCUACUUGCUGUUCCCUUCAAAGUGCAUGAUGCAAAGUACAUUCUGUUCCAACAAGGAUCAGUGACCUACUGAAGUGCACUGUGGGAUUUUGUAAGCACGCUAUGUAUUUCCCACUACACUUUCACAAAUCAGUCCUGCAACUCACUCUGUAGUGAAUAUGGCAUGUUUUGGACAUGGUGGUUAGCAUUAAUAAUGUUGAAUAUAUUUUAUCGAAUGUUAUUUUUGUUUUACUCUAUCCCUUUUUUUCAAGCAUAUAACAAAGUUCAAGAACUGUAGAUUUGUUAUCCGUGAGUCAAUACCAGCAUGUUCUAUAGACUGAACUAUAGUAAGUGUGAGGGCUUAGUGAUCAAGCUGUGCAGUGUGAGGGCUUAGUGAUCAAGCUGUGCAGUGUGAGGGCUUAGUGAUCAAGCUG